AUGUGGGAGGAGUAUGAUCUGAAGGCGACAGGCUUCAUCAAUCUGACAGAUCUCAAUGAGUUCGUGCACCGGCUGGGUCGGCCACUCGGCAUCCAGCAACCGAAUCGAAUCCAGUUGGCUCGUCUCGCGAUUCCAAUCUACCAGAACGACCGAAUCGGCCACACCGAUCUGCUGGAAGCGUUGACGCUCCACUUCUUUGCAAAGCCCGCCGACAAAGCAAUGCUGCAGGCAAUAAAAGAAGCUGGCCGUCUGCGUAACAGUAACUCGGCCGCGGUAACUGAGGCAGAGCCCGACUAUGAAGAUGAUGAGUACGGCGAUAAUGAGCAAGAAGACGUUGACAGUGAGGAAACAAACAAUGCAGUGCAAGAGAAAAUGAGAGAAAAUGAGAUGAGAAGAAGUCUUAAAUGGAAGGAAACAAAAACGAGCAAGUCAAUAGUCUCUAAGCAGAAGAGUGAAGAUAACCUGGAUGACGAGCUGAUAACCCUCAUGGAAGAGGAGGUGAGCAAAUUGAAGGCAGAUAUUCCAGAACGGAUGAAUGACUUAGCGAACUCUCGACAGAAACUGACGGCCAACAAGGAUAAUGUAGUUCCUGAAUUGUUGAGGCAUAAAACGGCCAGCCAUGCACCACAAAAUAGCAAAUCCAAAGAGAGUGAACGGACAAAGAUGAAGAUUACUGAUGAGUAUGACGAUAAAUUGCCGAAACACGAGAUACAGCAAGUUGCAAAUGGAAAGAAGGGAAAAAAGCAAAAGACGGAAAAGAGUAUGGAAAUAGUGACAAAAAUGACUUCUUUGGAUCAACAGCAGUCCUCGUUUGACAAAAACGAAAGGAAGCAAAGCCUUCGGAUGCUUCUCUUUCAAUGGCCUUGGGGUGCGGCAAGAAGGACGAAAGAGGCCAGAGAAACUAUUCCAAUCAUCAGCAACACGUACCAACGCCAGCGAGAACAGUAUGCAGCCUACAAAAUACAGACAUUCUUUCGCGAAAAGGUGAUCAAGCCGAAGCUCUCUGUGUCAAAAGCAUCAUAA